AUGGAUGCUAGGGCAAUCCUUGAGCGCUGGGAUCGCGCUGGUGUCUUCGACGAGGAAUCCUCCAGCGAAGACGAUGAAGAUGAUACUGACGAGGGUAGCAUUCACUUUCGCUCUCCAGAUCCGGUUAAAGAAAACCUCCGGCGUCUAGAACAAUCGUACGCUUAUCAAAGUGUCCAACAACGUGCCGCAGCAGGUAUCAUCAAGCGCAACGUUCUCAUCUGGGUGCGAUCAAAAGCUUCUUUCUGCGAUCGUGUUGCUGAAAUCGAAAUCUUUGGACGUACCACCGAGGCGCUACUCAAGGAACUUAGAGUAACAACGCCUCUUUCCGGGGUCAAUUUGAGCGCAAACACAGACCUUUUUGCACUUGCAACUGGACGAGGCGGCCUGAAGCCGAGAUACAAUGCAAGCAUGGCUUUUAAGGACCUACUACAAUUCUCCAAGCACAUGGCACUUUAUCCUGUUGACCAGGCACUGCGUACCGUAGAAGAUGUAACUCGACGUCGGUAUCUCUUCGACUCACGCUGUGCACUAAAAAUUCAAGCAGUGUGGCGAACUGCGCUUGAAACGAGAGAAAGAAGCUCAAGCAAAGCGUGA